AUGAGCAUCCGCGAAAAGACGGUGUACAAUGCGCUGCCGAAGCUUCCAGGCUUCUCAUUCGCAGAGCUGCAACACCCCGCAACGCAUGGAAGACGACAGUACUGCACCAUCGACGAUGAAGGCACACGGACCGUGAAGGAUGCGGCGGCCCUCGACGGCUCCGCUGUAGCCGCCGGCUCGGCGCCUGAAGGGUGUGGAAUCCCGGUGCGCAUCAUUCUCCAGCGCUUUCCGUCGUGGCGAACCGUAGACGACAAGGUCCUGCGCUUUUUCGCCUACUACACGGAGGACGUGGUGGGAAGCAGAAUCGAGACAUGGCGAGUGCGCAAGGUGAAGCUGCACUACUUUCUCGCUGACGGAUCUCUGAGCAUCGUGGAGACACCGGCAGUGGCGAAUAGCGGUCUGCAGAAGGGCACUAUUGUGUCGCGCUUCAGACCAGACGGGGUGGACGUGUUCCGGCUCUGCAUCGGCGCCUCCAUUACGCUCCGUGGGUUGGAGUACAACCUCGUAGACUGCGACGCCUUUACGCGCGAUUUUUUCGAGGUGAUGGGGAUGCCACAACCGGAGCCGCUCGAGUACCCUCGCGACGAGUUCGAGACCAGCGCCAUGCGCUGCCCUGGCGGGACAGAUGAGCAGCACAUCGAAAUGCGACGCGUGGUUGAGAUGCAGGCGGCAACGCGUGCGGGCACUCAUGCCAGCCUUCUCACACCUGCAGAGCGGACAAAGGCGCGCGACUUCUACGAAUACGACCGCAACGUGCUGUGCUUCUACGCCGUCUGGGAGAAGAGGAAGUUCCGCAUCUACUUCUAUCUGGCGGAUGGCAGUAUUGCCGUCCUCUUCGACAAGGCAGAGAACGACGGCCGCGACCCGUACCCGGUCUUUGUGCGCCGCCGCCGCAUCCCAAAGGAGGCGCGUGCGGUGCUGCUCUCCUCCGAAACGCUCAACCGCCCACAGGGUCCACCACCGGCGUGCGUUGGCGCGGAGGAUCUGCGCACCGGUACUUCGGUGGACAUCUUCACACGACCCUUCUUCAUCUACGACUGCGACGAACACACACGGGCGUACAUGGAGGCGCGAGGCAUUCCCGAGCCGGCCGUCGCCGUGCCACUGUGCGAAGAAGACGAAAUCACGGUAGGCAAGCGCCGACCACGGCUGACCAAGGAGGCGCGCGAUGCCGUCAGUGACUCUGGCAAGCGCUUCGGCGCGUCGACAAUGGUCUUCAGCGACUCUGCUGCGGAGAAAGAUGCUUUGAAGCUGACCCGCUACGCGCAAGAUGUCUUCCGCUUUGGUGCUGAGAUGGUGAACCCGUCGGAAGAGAAUGAGGGGCGUCAGUUCAUCGUGUGCUACUACCUCGCCGACGACACCGUGUCCGUCUUUGAGCUGCAGGUGCCAAAUAGCGGUCACGUUGGUGGUAAGAUUUUUGCGCGCCGUGCGGUGGAAAGCCUGCGGGACCCCGCGCUUCUGAAGGUGGGCAACAUCAUUCGCCUGGACGGCGUCGACUACCUGCUCAAGGAGAUGGAUGAGCGCACGAAGCGCUACCUCGAGAUGGGAAUGCCUAAUAUGGAGGAGUCCUAUUUUCGCACCCAGGAAAUUCUCGGCAUAGUGGCGUCGUACCUACAACAGCAGUUUUCCCGUAUAACCGACGCCUUUCGUCACUACGCCUCAUCGUCGACGCAGGGGCUGACGCGAGAGAACGUGCGCGAGGUGCUGAGUGACGCCGGCGUACACGCGACGGAUGCGGAGCUGACCAACGUGAUGGAGCUCGCCGAUGGCGACAAGGAUGGGUGGGUGUCGCUGGCUGAUUUCACGGAGCAGUUCAUGCAACAGCUGUUUAUUUCCAACUUUAAGCCACGCGAGUCGCAGAAGAGAUGGGGUGACACCCGCAACGGUAUGGUGGUGCAGCGGGGGCCGGUGCAGAGCGCAAUGAUGCUGGCGAAAAAGGUCGACGCCGAGGCGCAGGCGGAGGCUGCCCUGCAACGCUUUCUUAUACUCAUUGAGGCACGCCGCACACUCGCCAUCCGCUCCUUUCGCAGCGCCUCCGAGUCAGCGUACGACGGUAACUUGGGCAUGUCCGAGUUCCAGGAUUGUGUGAAGGAUCGCCUUAAGACGCCCAUGACAGAUGACGAGAUCGGGGCGCUGCUCUACAGGUUCUAUCACACUCCAGGGCUGAACGACUGGACGGCGAGGCGGCUUCCAGUGCAAGAAAUCCGGCGUAUUCUCCUCCUGUGA